AUGCCACAAGACGAGCAUGCGAAUUUGGAACCGCCGCCAAGGAAGAGUAUGGAGGAUCCAGGUGCACACGACCUUGAAUCUUCCGACGACGACGACCAUUUUUCAGACGCCCAGUCUGAUCUCAAGACAACAUCUGGCAACAUUUCCCCCGUGCCAUUGACCAGAGUCGAGAAAGUCGACGGCGAGCCUAGCCAUGGAGAAGUUCCAGGGACAGAUGCUUAUGACAAGAGGGUGCAGGAUGCCGCGCCUGAUGAGAUAGAAGUCAUUCCCGACGGAAUUGUGUCUAGGUCGAGAUCUGCUACCACUACUCGACCUUCUACGCCCGGAGGACAGCCCAUUCCAAUUACAGUUGUUGAGAAGGUUAACCCAGAAGCUCCCAGUCAUGGAGAGGUCCCAGGGACACUGGCACACGAUAAACGUGCUGCAGAUGCAGUGCCAGAUGUGGUAGUGAGAACUGGGUCGCAUAGUCGUUCAGCAAGUGGUCGGUCGAGGGCAAGCAGCACUCCAGGGGAUCAGCCGAUCCCCGUUACAAAGGUCGAGAAGGUAGAUUCUACACCCAGCCAUGGAGAAGUGCCAGGGACCAAAGCCUUUGAUUUGAGAAAAGGGGAUGCUGAACCAGAUAUUGUGGAGGAGGUAGGAGACGCACCAGGUAGGAACAACCCCUCGCGUUGCAUUUCAGAACCAUUGACCAGAUCAGGGUCGCCAACGUUGCCUGGUGCUAGAUCCCAACCCAUAAGCCACACGCGGCGGAAGUCAUCUAUAGCGUUGAAGAAGGCUUCAGCUAGCGAUGACUACAAUGAGGAGGAAGAUGGUUCAGACGGAGAGUUUGGCGAUGAUUUUGAUGAUUUCGAGGAAGGGGAGGACGAUGCUGAGUUUGGGGACUUUGAUGAAGGGUUUCAAGAACCAACAGCUACUUCCCCUCCGCAACAGUCUUUUCCAUCCCCGCCUUUAUUUCCAGUACUAGAUUUCGCCUCCCUCUCAACCCCUUCCGAAAUCCACACAGCAACAGAACCCUACCUAAACACCCUCUUUCCCCCCGACACAAUAGACACCUCCAUCCUCCCACCUCUCAUCGCCGAAAACCCCAUCUUCCCCACCCCCCGCUCCGCCUCCCUCUGGUCCCAACUGGUCGCCCCUCCGCCCCUCCAACCCCCAAACUGGAUCCGCUCGCGCAUCCGCCGUCUCUUCCUCGUCUCCCUCGGCGUCCCCGUAGACCUCGACGAGAUCCUCCCCGCCUCGAAACAGAAAAAACUCAUCCUCCCCUCUAUAAACCUCCAACCCCGCACCUCCAGCGACUCGCGCUCCGUCUCGCGCCUCAAGCAAGAAAAUUCCUCUUCCACAUCCCUCGACUCCCAAGACCAAACCAAACGCUCCGACUCGCGGCGUCGCAAAGGACCUCCCCCCGCCCCCUCCCUCGACUUAGUCUCCGCACGCCAAUUAUGCGCCAUCACAGACGAGGCGCUGAACGGGCUGACGAUGAACGAGCUGAAGGAGCAUGUUGCGAGGUUGGAGGCCAUGCAGGGCACCGCGAACGAGGUGCUCGAGUAUUGGACCAAGAGGACUGAUGAGAAGCUGGGGGAUCGGGAGGCUUUUGAAGGCGUGAUUGAGAAUCUAGUCAAGCAUGCUAGGAAGACCAGGAAAUAA